GGCGUCCCCGGGCCGCUCUCUCCGCGCCCCUCUCGCUGCCCGCGGCGCCGCUUCUUCCUGGCUGCCUUCCUGGUGCGUCGCCCGGCGCGGUCCGUCCGGGCCUGGAGCCUCCCCGGCGGGGCAUGAGGAGAAGGCGGCGGAGGCGCGGGAGGCGGCCAGAGGAAAGGCCCGGGGCGCCGUGAGCAGCAGGGCCCCGCUGAAGAGACCCUCCGCCCGACCGCCCGCCCGCCCGCCAUGUCCCUCCUCUGCGUCCGCGUGAAGAAAGCGAAACUGCAAGGCCCCCCAGAUAAAUUCAACACGUACGUGACUCUGAAGGUGCAGAAUGUCAAGAGCACCACGGUGGCCGUUCGGGGGGACCAGCCCUGCUGGGAGCAAGACUUCCUCUUCGAGAUCAGCCGCCUGGACCUGGGCCUGAUUGUGGAAGUCUGGAACAAAGGGCUGAUCUGGGACACCAUGGUGGGCACGGCCUGGAUCGCGCUCAGGGCCAUCCGACAGUCCGAGGAGGAGGGUCCCGGGGAGUGGUCCACCCUGGAGGCGGAGGUCCUGAUGAAGGGCCACGAGGUCUGCGGCACCAAGAACCCAACGCCACACAAGAUCCUGCUGGACGCCAGGUUCGAGCUGCCUUUUGACAUCCCGGAGGAAGAAGCCCGGUACUGGACCCAGAAGCUGAAGCAGAUCAACUCCUUGGAUGAAGACGAGGAGGUUUCCUUCAGGGAAGACAUCGGGAUCCAGCCGCUGCCCUCUGCUGCCUCCCAGUGCUCGUUUGAGGAGCGCGACCACGACAGCGCGGCGGAGGACCGGGACAGCGACUACCGCAGCGAGGAGGCCGGCGGCAGCCUCCCCCCCCGCUUCCACACCACCGCCCAGCCCAACGCCUCUGUCCACCAGUUCCCCGUCGUGUCCCGGCUGCAGCAGCAGGGGGUCCCCCGGGACACGGACCUCCUCCUCGAAAGGGCCGCCGUCAGCCAAGAGCCUUUAGUUAGCAAUGGAAAAAUCAGGAUCAUUCCCUCUGAGUACGAAGCCGGCCAAGAAGAGUAUGGCGAGAGCUACGAGGAGUUAGGCAAGCAGCUCAUAGAGGACUUUUUAGAAAAGAGCCACAGGACGAGGGGUUGGCAAGAGGCCAAGAGCCCCCCGUUUCCAAGGAAGCAGAACUCGGUCCAUCACGAACGGUCCAGGUUCCCUCAGAAGGUGGGCUCUGGGGUGCCGUGCUAUCCGGAGGAAUACGACACCAUCGACCGGAGGAGGAAAAAGAAGCUCAGGUACAACAAUUUUGAAGAACGCCAAUUAACGGGAGUCUCACAAAAUAGCACGAUCCAGAGGCUUUCUUCUGUGGCUGUUUCUCCAGGAAGCGUCAAAACGAGAACAGAUCAUAGAAUGUUCCUGGGUUACGAUGAACCUGAGAAAUAUCGGAGCAGCCUCAUUGAAAGUGAGGAGCAGUUGCCAGGGUACCCCAUUUUGCGCCCGUACAAAAACGGCCUCCUGGUCAAGAGUGGGAAGCUUUCCAACAGCAAGCAAGCGGACCGUGACUUUGGGGAUCAAGACCGGACGCCUCCGGAGACGCCGACAAACUGCUUUCUGCCGCGGGGCGCGCUUGAGGAGUUCGACUGGGAUGAGGCCCAGUACUCCCCCGCUUCGGACGACGAGGACGAACUUGAGGAAAUCGCGAUCCUUUCUCAAGCGCUGUGCGGGUCCAACAUCCGCCGCCUCGGGGAGCACACGGGGAGCGCCAUGGCCCUGUUGCAAGGGGAGAGGCGGCCGCACCGGGGCAGGGCGGGCAAGCAGGGCUUCCUCAAGCAGGACCUGGCCCUCUCGCCGGUGGAGGAGCCCAGCGAGGAGUACGUCGACGCCAUGGGCGAGCUGCAGUGCCUGGUGGAAACGGUCUCUGAGUACCUGCACGAGAAGGAGGAGGAGAUCAGCAAGAUCGGGACCCUCCCCAAAAGCAAGAAUGCGGAGGAGCCCACCUCCGCCAAGGCUGCCGGUUCUGAGAAGAAGGCGGCGGCGGAGGAGAGCAGAGCGGCCCCUUCUGCGGAGGACGGCCAGAGCGCCAAAGGCAUCUCCGAGGCUCUGCCGGAUUUGAGUGGGGUGAAAAGCACAGUGAACUCCUUGUUCAGCUCCUUCACGGAGAAAGUGGGCUCGGGGACCAAGCACCUCACGGCCUCCGUGGAAAAGCUGGUGUCCCCAACUCCGGAGAAGCCUGACGCACCGUCCGAGGGAGGUGUCACAAGCUUAUUCUCAAGUAAACCAGAAGUGAAAGCAAGCAGCAAAGCGGAAACCACGUUAUCCACAGCAGCUCCGUCCCUGACUCAGAACAGCAGCGAGGAAGGGGCCGGGAAGAGCCGUGCUGGCCUCCCAGAGAAAGGCAAGGAGGGCGACAAGGCGCCCCUUGGCCCCGGCCCCCAGCACCCCACUGCAGGCGACGCCCAGGCACAGAACGCAGCGGGCUCCGUUGUGAACUCCGUCUUGGGCAUGCUCAACCCUCUGAAAAUCUUCUCCGAAAAAGAACCACCAAAGAAAGAAACCGUGAAACCGGAGGAGCCCCCGAAGGUAGACGCAUCACGCACAGUUGCAUCUGAAGUUAAGGCAGGCGAGCAGCCGUGUGACGACAGCCACAGAAGGCCCACCAAUGCACCUGCCGAAGUGGCCAAGAGUGAAGCGGGUGCCACCUCAAGUAGCAGUGGCCCUGUGACCUCAAUCUUUGGCAAAUUCUCCAGCUCUGUUAGUUCCUUCAGCCUGAAGGCCAGUUUUGAGAACCUGGCUGUUCCCAAGCAGACAGCCGACCCACAAACGGCUUCAGAGGCGCCUCCUGUUUCAAAGCAGCCAGGCACCGUUAGAGAGCAAAUGGACGCAGCAGGAAAUCAGCACCCGACAAGGAAUGUGCCGCAGAACAAACAAAGCGCGGAUACCAAGGCACCCACUGUUCAGCCAUCAGGGGAUCCACCCGAGAGCUUCUUCAGUCCCCUAAAGAAGUCAUUCAGCCAGUUGCUGCUUCCUUCCUCUGAGGCACCUCCCACAUCAAACCAGCCAGGCAAAACAGCCAAAGAACUGCCAGGCACUUCUAGCAGCGGAACAAGGGAGGCUGGCGCUCAGCCUCCGGGGCCCGGCGAGCCCUCUGAGGGCUUCUUCAGUCCCCUGAAAAAGUCCUUCAGCCAGUUGCUGCUUCCUUCUUCUGAGGCGCCUCCCACUUCAAACCAGCCAGAGAAGACCAUUAAAGAGCCACUGGGCCCUUCUCGAAACCAGCACCUUGCAGGGAAGAUGCCAGAGACCAGGCCAGGUGGAGGCACGAGGGAGGCCGGCGCUCAGCCUCCGGGGCCGGGCGAACCCACUGGGAGCUUCUUCAGUCCCUUGAGAAAGUCUUUCAGUCAGUUGCUUCCUUCUUCUGCUUCUGAGCCAGUGCCAAAGGAGACCCCGCUGGGCCUGGGGAAAGGUCACCAGUCGGAGGACGAUGUGCGGAAAGCGAGCUCUGCCAGCAGUGAACCCAACUUCCCUUUCACCGGCAAGAUCCCGUUCCUGAGCAGCCUUGGCUUUUCAGAGAAGCAGCCGGAGAAUAGAGAGAAGCCUGGACUUUUCUCUUCCAUCUUGAAAGCGGCUUCUGGUGAAAACCUUCUGCCCUCAAAAGAUCAACCUGGCGAACAGCGCGUGAGUGCCGAGAAGGAUCUCAAAAGCAGCCGCUCAGGACCUGGCCCGGUGGACCCGUCAAAGCCCCUCCGUGCUCCAGAUGGACCAAUGAGCCAAGAAGGACCGAUGAGGAGAAGGGAUCCCGGUCAAGAUCGUGGCCUGCAUGCGCCAGGGGAUGGAAACACAAACCGGGCUGCCUCAGACCGUUCAAAUGUCAUACAGGGGGGACAUCAUGACGGUCCCAUGAGUUUUCAGGGCCCCAGGGAUUCACAACGCAAGGAGUCGGUGGUGGCGGCCACCGUGCCAGAAGGAUCUGCGUUGAAUGCUCCAGUGGGAAAACCCACCCCCUCCACCAGAAUCCAAGAAAACAGGGUGAUGGAGGACCCUCCAAAGAAGCCGACGCAGCAAGGUCUGCUCUCGGGACUUUUCCAUCUUUCGUCGUCCGACCACGUAACCCAGAAGGAAGAGCUGCAUGUUAAACACGAGGCAGACCACCAGAAGAGCAGUCAACAGCCUGGCCUACUUUCUGGAUUAUUUAAAUUUGGGUCGAAUGAAAAUGUGUCUGAAUGUAAACCAGAGAAGACGAAAACAAGUCCUUUGGGUGGCAUCAUGAAAAUGUUCGAGAGGGGUGAGGAGGAGACUCGUUCUGGAGACCGGCCUCUUGACUCUGGCGUGGCCCCCGGCUCCCAAGAGCGUGGCAGCGGAAGACAGGAAGCGCCCGGCUUCAUGCAUAAUUUGUUGCACAGGCCGAAAGAGAAAGCCGAGGAGUGGGCAGUGGAGGCCUCCAGGGCUAACGGUCACCUGCCCCAUGCAGCGUCCGUCAAAGCGGACAAGGAGCCUCUCUAUCGGCGGUCCGUCUCCCAAAAUGCUCUAAAUUCUCAAGAAAACAUCCAGGAUUUAUCAAGGAAACCGACCCUUUAUAGGCGAGACACUGAGUCCAGUAUUUAUCAGAAUUCUAUCCACGAAAGGUCCAAUGAAUCCCUUAAUUCUAAAUUGAACGGCCCCUCGGGGCAGUAUCUUGUCUUUGAGGACACAAGGAGCUGCUCCAGUUACGACUGGGAGUACGACCCGGGAGAUUUCUCCGCCGUCGCCCAUCAGCUCUCCCUGCCGGUUUAUUACGUCUUGAACCAGAACGCCAUCCCAGUGGCUGAAUUCCUGGACUGGUCAGGCUCUAAUGAAACAGUUGUGAAUCUAUGCAAAAAAGACGGAAACGCAAACAGGGUGGACUGGAGGUCAAACGCCAACUUCGAUGCGCAGAGCCUCGAUUUUAGUGUCAUGUCUCACGAGUCAUUUGAUCAGUUCAGCUUCCAAGAUUCAUUCCCGGAAGAAAGUGAGAUGUGGGCCACUCACUCUUUGAACGGGAAUCUUCCUCCAUUUGACAACAGUUAUGUUCUGGAAGAUAUGCCCAUGGACUUAAGCUAUUCAUCUGCUUGCGACGGUAACAUGUGGACGCUGAUUGACCAAGAGACCUUGAGCAUUGAUGGGAGUUUGGUCUACUCCUCUUACAGCCAGGAAUAUCAGGACUGGCUGAUGCUGCUUGAGCACGGCGUCUGGUGGCCCUCGGAAAACGGCGAUUGUGGAUACUACAUGUACAGCGACGGACAGUAUGUUUAUUCUCUUCUCACCGAUGCUACUGGGCAGUACGUCUACGUCUGCACUCCGGACACCUACACGCAACCGGACUACUGGGACUAUGACUACCCAAGGGAUACUCUGCAAAACAUGGUCUUGGAAGACGACACGGUGGCUGUUUGUGGCUUCAAAGUGUCUCUCGACAAUGAAGAUGAGUUGUUCUGGUUUGCUGAAGAGGAGCCCUUGGAUAAUUAUUACGUGAACAAGCCACUGGAUUUGUCUGUAGCCUUGCAAAGAAGCGACCAGCUCAUGAACAUGAAUCUGGAGACCUUCUCUCAGAUGUUUGAGGAGUCCAUCUAUUCCCAGAGGGAGCAGCCCCUGGAUUUCUCAGGGUACAAACUCCAGAAACUCCGGGUGGACUUGAGGCCGGAGAGGGAGCCUGACCGCUACUGGGAGGAGCCCCCGCUGACCCUCGACCUGCGAGUUCACUCACGGGCGGCUCCCGGCGCAGCCAGGCGGAAGGAAGAGCCGAGCCAAACCCCGGUCACGGUCGCUGUUUCCGAAAGUGUGCAGUCGAAGCGCUUUGGCUUUCAUAUCUUCCAGUCGUCUGCCAAGCCUGAGCCUCCAGAGGCCCCUCGGAGUGCGGCAGAAGUUAAGACCACCGAAGAAGAGAGAAAGCUGCCGGUGAACAAGGUCGCCUCUUUGUUUUCCACUUUGGGAGGCCUGAUUGGGAAAAGCUCGGACGGGCCCGAGUCACUGGAAGAAGCAGCCGGGAAGAAAGCUGUCACUCCCUCGGUGUCAUUGGACCAUAGAGACGAGGCCCUUUCUGUGACGCCACCCAGAAAAACAGGGGAGGACACGCAGAGCUAUCGGCCGGUUUCUGCGGAGCGAGAUGUGGAGGUCAAAAGCGCAGCUAGGCCUGCCAAACUGGACUCUGUUAAGCAUGAUGUGCCAGUGCCGCCUGGGGGUGCUCCCCAGAAAAGGGCCCCCUUGGCCAGGUCUCCCUCCCAGUUUGGGGUGGGCCCCACAGACAGCAAGUCCCGUCGCUCGGAGGAAGGUCCUAAGCCGGCCCCCACCCCAGGUCCGCAGGCUCCGAAAGUGGCCUUGAAGGAGCCCCAGAAGACUCAGCUGGAUGCUGGGCAAAAGCCCACCGAGACCGAGGGCACCUUCUUCAAAAGCGCUCUGAAGAUCUUCAGCCUGGGAGAAGAGGCGCCUACCGCUGCACCCCCCAAUAAGAGCCAGGCGCCUGGGUUUUUCGAUUUCUUCCAAACACAGGUCAGCAAGGCGCCACAGCCCUCGCCCAUGCCACCCGCAAGUCAGGUGAGAAAAGAGCCUGAGAAGAAGCCACCUGAGAAGACGGAGCCAGCGGGCAUCUCCUCGUUCUUUGGCUCCAUAGGAGAGCUCUUCAAGGCAGAUGCAGCCCCUUCCCCUCCGAGUGUCACGGUCCCAGCAAGGAGCGGAAGCCAGAGCUCACUGGGUUCAAAGGAGAAGGUGGAUCCGCGUGGGAUGGGUCCACAAAGGAGCGAUGCUGCUGCCCCCGCGCCGGUCCCCCCAGUGCAAGCUGGUGCGGAAGUGGCCAAGAAGCCCAUUAGCCAUCAUGAAGAGCCCCAUCGGCAGGUUGGGAAGGACGUGCCAGAACCCAAGGACAUUCCUACUGGAACUGUGGAGCAGAGACCCACCAAGGCAGUGGACCAGGCGCUCCCCAUGGCCGGGAACCAGAAGCCCCCCAUUCAUGUAGGUCCUGGAGUGGGCCAACCCAGCCAGACACCAGUGACACAACACGGACCCACAGCAUCACCAGGGCAGCAACAGCAGCAGCAACAGCAGCGGGACCCCCGAGCAAGAACCGGACCCAGCCAGGCCCAGCCCAGGCAACCCUCUCCGCAGCCGGCACCGCCUCCCAAGGAGUCUGGAUUUAGCUUGCCGUUUGGCUUCUCGAUGCCCAAGCCACAGCAGCCAGCAACCCAGCAGCAGCAGCAGCAGCCACCUUCGGGCUCCAGGAGCCUUUUCUCCUUCUUCUCGGGCCCAGAAAAACCCACAGCCCAGCCUCCAACGGCCCCCCAGGCCAAGCCCCCAGAAACCGAAGGCCUGUUCAAGAUGCCGUCUUUCCUCUCAGGGGCCCCCGCUGAAAAGAAGAACGUGCCCCAGAGCAGCUCCACCUUCAGCUUCUUCAACCUGACCUCCUUCUUGGACGACAAACCACCACCUGCCCCCGACAAGGGGGGCCUUGCCAAGCCCCAGCCCCAGCCGGCGAGCAACCUUGGGAAGCCACCUCAGCAGCAAGCCAACGCCAAACCAGCCAUGAAGCAAUGUGUUUCCGUUGACUCCGGUAUUGGCACGGCCAGCCAGCAGAACCUGGAGAAGCAGGGGCCGGCCGCGGGUAGCAUCAUAGACGCCGUCCUCGGAAAGCAGGAAGCGGGCGGCUCGAAGAGUAAGCCGAACGAAGGAGAGGCCUCUGUAGCCACACACGUGGCAGAAGGUGUUUCUGUCCCUGGGUCUGCUGGAGAGCAGGACUUGGAGAAACCAGGGGAGGUGCCUGGACAGCAGGAUGUUCUUGGCUUGCAGAGGAAAGCAGAGGCAUCAAGCGCUCCUGCUGCGGAGCAUGCGGCCACCGAAGGUGCUUUGGAAGCAAGAAGUGAGAUGGAAACGCUGCCAGUGGCCAGUCAGGCUCUGGAGGACGGGAGAAAGGCUGAGGAUGGCCCGUCUUAUCCUGAGCCUGUCCAUCAAGCUUUUAUGCUGGAGGAGGAUAGCCAGUGCGUCCCUCUGGAGACCCCAAAACCAGAAGUCGGGCUAGAGGAGGGCAGAGGGGAGAGCGGCAUUCACGAGACGGCCGUUGCUCCUUCCGUGCGGGAUGACAUUUCUGGAAUCCCAGAGCCUGGGGCAUCGGUGGAUGUCACGGCUCCCACUGCUGCUGCUCCUGAAGACCCUUCACAAAAGACGGCGGUGGAAGGAAAGCCCCCGGGGCCUGACGGGAGCCCCCCUGAUUCCAAGCCAGUGGGCGGCAUCUCUUUGAAAAGCGGAGCACAGCCGGCUCCGGCCCAGAAGCCUCCCCCCCAGAUGCCAGCAGUGUCUCAGGCGCAGGAGAAGCCCAAGGAGCCAGAGACUGACAAAUCAGUCCUCGAUAGCUCUGUUGAAAUGUUUUCCAGUUUCAUGACAAAGAUGCAGCCCACCAAAACCUUGUCUGGCUUCUUCUCCCAGGGCCCGGCUCCAGCCGCGCCUGGGCCGCAAAAGAAGAGCGCUUCCUUUUUCGGCUUCUCCUCCCUCCCCAGCGGCCCUUCUCCUUCCCUGACCAGCGAUUUCUUUGGCAUCUUCAAAGGGGCCGCAGAGGAGACCCCUCCAAAGGCCCCCAAGCCGCAGGAUGGCAGUCCCAGAGCCAAGGGGGCUGCGAGCCCUGCUCCCGGGAAAGGUGCCCCCAGACAAGACCAGGCACCCAAGGCAGAACCGUCAGAGAUAAAGGCACCGAAUGUCCCGAAACAAGAGGAAAUGCCCAGAGGAGAAGCAACAGAUGUCCCCAAACAAGCGGGUGCCUUGGUCUUGCCCGAGGAUAACAUGGCAAUAGACGCUUCUACUAAAAUAGACACUAAAGCAAGUGAAGCAUCAGAGAAGGUCCAAGAAGCCCCAGCAGAUGCCUCAGAAACAGGAGUCCCAGGAAAGGAUCUGGGCCCUGAAGUGGCACAACUGGAUGCCGAUUUGUUGGCUUCAGAUCAAACAAGGCCUGCUGACUUGUGUAAUCAAGAGAGGCAGAGUUCAGCUGAUGCAGAAACGGCAGAGAUGCUGGAGGCAACGGAGGGAGGCCUGGGGACUUCAGGAGGAGCAUCUCUCCCUUCUGCAGAAGAGCCAUCUGUCCCAGAAGAAGAGGCAGAGGCUGGCGUUGCCCAGGUGGAGAUGGAAGAAGCCCAGAAGCUGGAACCUGAAGUUGGCAAGAUGGACAGAGAUGGGACCGAGGCCACCUCAGCUGUUGGGCCACCACCUGGAGAAGAAGCCAUAAAGAGUGAUGCGGUCGAUGCUGAUGAUCGCCAACCAGAGACAUUGGGAUCCUUGGAAAGGGAGUCAAAAACCGCUGAAAGCAAAGCCCAUGAUUUGCCCCAUGAGGACCUGGGUGUUGCAACCAAAGAACGUCCCUCCGAACCUCUUCCCGUCAAAAGCAGUCUGGAGGACAAGACUAAGCCUGCCGGCGUUUCCACAGAUGGCACCGGUGCCGGCUCCAGGCCCGUCUUUGAAAUCCCAAGCAUGCCCACUCUGCCCAGAUUUGGCUUCAUGUCUUCAACUGAAAGUAACAAGACAUUUGGCUCCUUCUUCUCAUCUCAGACGCCUUCAGCAGGCAAGAACGCUGCUGAGCCACAGAGCCUCGUGUCCAGCUUCAACAAAUUCUCCUCCUCCCUCUUUGGCGGAGGAGCGAGCGAGGAGAAGGCCGCAGCCACCGAAAGCGCCCCGGGGUCCGUCUUUGGGAAGAAGCUGGACUUCUCCCUUCCCUGGCAGAAGGAGGCCAAGGAGGCCAGUGCCAAGAGGGAGGCAGAGGCACCGCCCAAGCCGGCUUCCAAGCGAGACGUCCCCUCCUCACCCGCGGUGCCCAAGCCGGAGUCCCAGGAGCCGCAGGCAGGUCCCAAAGAGGCGGAGCAAGUGCCAGAUGUGAUCGGUAUGGAGCCGAGUCUAGAUGCUCCUUCCUCUGGCCAGGCAGCUGAACAGCUUCCCGAGGAGCCUGACAAAGCGGCCAAGGAUGGUCCAGAAGGUCCAGCACAUCUGGCUUCAGUCAAAUCCAGCCAAGAGGCAGAGGCGGACACGGCCAAGGAACCUAAUAAAGAGCUGGAUGCCGUCCCCACCGAGACCCCUGAACCUUCCUUGGAAGCACCGGGAGAAAGAGCUGGAGAAAGUGUCCAGGAUGAAGCCGAGCAGAAGGACGGCCCUCCUGGUCCCGAAACGGGGGUCCCUGCCCCUGGACUGCUGCCGGGCGCAGAGGGGAGCCCAGAGCCGCCCAAGAAGAGAAGGCCAGUAGCAACCGCAGCGGCAUAUCCGGCCGGGAGCAGCAGGUUCGGCUCUUCCUGCAACAUCAGUCGGGGCAGCUCCCAGCUGAGCGACUUGGACCUUCUCCAUGGGAGCGCCCCCGGGUCCGAACAGGAGGAAGAGCCCCCCGACGGGCCCCCCGCCUCCCCGCUCCUGGAGGAAGAGCACAGGCCGGCCGCCAAGCCGCGCGAGGCCCAGGAGGGAGCGCCCGGCCAGAGGGAGAAGGUGCCCGAGGAGGAGGAGGAGGAGGAGGAGACGGGGAGGAGGCCUGCCCUGGUACCCCCGGUGGCAGUGCCAGAAGGGCCCAAAGAGAUUGCCCCAAAGCCACCCGUCAGUUUCCUCGGUGACGGUGAGGCCCCGCCGUUUCCUCCCGCCAGAGCCCGCUGGGUCCGCGCCAUCAACAGAGUGAGGCUGCAGAUCCAGGAGAUCCCAGACGAUGGAGACCCCUCAAAGUCACCGUGGCUCAAAGGAGGCCCACCCGGGGGUCUCUACGGCAUCGACAGCAUGCCGGACCUGCGCAAGAGGAAGCCCAUCCCGCUUGUCAGCGACCUGUCGCUGGUCCAGUCUCGGAAGGCCGGAAUCACCUCUGCGAUGGCCACCCGAACGUCCCUCAAGGAUGAGGAGUUGAAAUCCCACGUCUACCGGAAGACCCUGCAGGCCCUGAUCUACCCCAUCUCGUGCACGACGCCCCACAACUUCGAGGUCUGGACGGCCACCACCCCGACCUACUGCUAUGAGUGCGAGGGGCUGCUGUGGGGCAUCGCCCGGCAAGGCAUGCGCUGCACCGAGUGCGGGGUCAAGUGCCACGAGAAGUGCCAGGACCUGCUCAACGCGGACUGCUUGCAAAGAGCGGCCGAGAAGAGUUCGAAGCACGGGGCGGAGGACCGCACGCAGAACAUCAUCAUGGCCAUGAAGGACCGCAUGAAGAUCCGGGAGAGGAACAAGCCGGAGAUCUUUGACCUGAUCCGGGACGUCUUCAGCGAGAGCAAGACCACCCACGCCCAGCAGAUGAAGACGGUCAAGCAGAGCGUCCUGGACGGCACCUCCAAGUGGUCGGCCAAGAUCACCAUCACCGUGGUGUGUGCUCAGGGCCUGCAGGCCAAGGACAAGACGGGCUCCAGCGACCCCUACGUGACGGUGCAGGUGGGCAAGACCAAGAAGAGGACCAAGACCAUCUUCGGGAACCUGAACCCCAUUUGGGACGAGAAGUUCCACUUCGAGUGCCACAACUCCUCCGACCGCAUCAAGGUCCGUGUCUGGGACGAGGACGACGACAUCAAGUCCCGGGUGAAGCAGCGGCUCAAGCGGGAGUCGGACGACUUCCUGGGCCAGACCAUCAUCGAGGUGCGGACGCUGAGCGGAGAGAUGGACGUCUGGUACAACCUGGAGAAACGGACGGACAAGUCUGCGGUGUCGGGGGCCAUCCGGCUGCAGAUCAACGUGGAGAUCAAGGGGGAGGAGAAGGUGGCCCCCUACCACGUCCAGUACACCUGCCUCCACGAGAACCUCUUCCACCACCUGACGGACGUGCAGGGCAGCGGCGUGGUGCGGAUCCCGGAGGCCAAGGGGGACGACGCCUGGAAGGUCUACUUUGACGAAACGGGGCAGGAGAUCGUGGACGAGUUCGCCAUGCGCUACGGCAUCGAGUCCAUCUACCAGGCCAUGACGCACUUUGCGUGCCUCUCCUCCAAGUACAUGUGUCCCGGGGUCCCGGCCGUGAUGAGCACCUUGCUGGCCAACAUCAACGCCUACUACGCCCACACCUCCGCCUCCACCAACGUCUCCGCCUCCGACCGCUUCUCCGCUUCCAACUUCGGGAAAGAGCGUUUUGUGAAGCUCCUGGACCAGCUCCACAACUCCCUCCGGAUCGACCUCUCCAUGUACCGGAACAACUUCCCGGCCAGCAGCAAGGAGCGCCUGCAGGACCUGAAGUCGACGGUGGACCUCCUGACCAGCAUCACCUUCUUCCGGAUGAAGGUGCAGGAGCUGCAGAGCCCCCCUCGGGCCAGCCAGGUGGUCAAGGACUGCGUCAAGGCCUGCCUCAACUCCACCUACGAGUACAUCUUCAACAACUGCCAGGAGCUCUACAGCCGCGAGUACCAGACCGACCCCAACAAGGCCGCGGAGGAGGAGCCGGCGGAGGAGCAGGGCCCCAGCAUCCAGAACCUGGACUUCUGGCCCAAACUCAUCACCCUCAUCGUCUCCAUCAUCGAGGAGGACAAGAACUCCUACGCCCCCGUCCUCAACCAGUUCCCGCAGGAGCUUGCGGUCGGGAAGAUCAGUGCGGAGGUGAUGUGGAACCUCUUUGCGCAGGACAUGAAGUACGCCAUGGAGGAACACGAGCGGCACCGGCUGUGCAAGAGCGCCGACUACAUGAACCUGCACUUCAAGGUGAAAUGGCUCUACAACGAAUACGUCUGCAGCCUCCCGGCCUCCAAGGGGAUCGUGCCCGACUACCCCGCGUGGUUUGAGCAGUUUGUGAUGCAGUGGCUGGAGGAGAACGAGGAGGUCUCCAUGGAGUUCAUGCACGGCGCCCUGGAAAGGGACAAGAAGGAUGGGUUCCAGCAGACGUCGGAGCACGCGCUCUUCUCCUGCUCGGUGGUCGACGUCUUCACGCAGCUCAACCAGAGCUUUGAGAUCAUCAAGAAGCUGGAGUGUCCCGACCCGGCCAUCGUGGCCCAUUACAUGCGCCGCUUCGCCAAGACCAUUGGGAAGGUGCUGAUGCAGUACGCGGAGAUCGUCAGCCGGGGCUUCCAGGCCUUCUGCUCCAAGGAGAAGGUGCCCUGCAUCCUGAUGAACAACAUCCAGCAGCUGAGGGUCCAGCUGGAGAAGAUGUUCGAGGCCAUGGGCGCCAAGGAGCUGGACCCGGAGGCCAGCGACUCCCUGAAGGAGCUCCAGGUGAAGCUGAACAACGUCCUGGACGAGCUCAGCGCCGUCUUCGGCAACAGCUUCCAGGCGCGGAUCGACGACUGCGUCAAGCAGAUGUCCGACAUCCUCUGCCAGGUGAAGGGGGCCGGGAACGCCCCCCCGAACGUGGUGGCCCAAGACGCCGACAACGUCCUCCGGCCCUUGAUGGACUUCCUGGACGGAAACCUGACGCUCUUUGCGGACGUCUGUGAGAAGACGGUGCUGAAGCGGGUGCUGAAGGACCUCUGGCGGGUCGUGAUGAACACCCUGGAGAGGGUCAUCGUGCUCCCACCACUCACGGACCACACGGGGACCCAGCUGAUUUUCAGCGCGGCCAAAGAACUGGGACACUUGUCGAAGCUGAAGGACCACAUGGUCAAGGAGGAGACGCGGAGCCUGACCCCCAAGCAGUGCGCGGUGCUGGAGCUGGCCCUCGACACCAUCAAGCAAUACUUCCACGCCGGAGGGAACGGCCUGAAGAAGACCUUCCUGGAGAAGAGCUCCGACCUGCAGUCGCUGCGCUACGCCCUGUCCCUCUACACCCAGACCACCGACACCCUCAUCAAGACCUUCGUCCAGACCCAGACCGCACAAGGCUCCGGCGUGGAUGACCCUGUGGGCGAAGUGUCCAUCCAGAUUGACCUGUACACGCACCCGGGCAGCGGGGAGCACAAGGUGACGGUGAAAGUCGUGGCCGCGAAUGACCUCAAGUGGCAAACGUCCGGCAUGUUCCGCCCCUUUGUGGAGAUCACCAUGAUCGGGCCGCACCAGAGCGACAAGAAGCGGAAGUUCACCACCAAGUCCAAGAGCAACACCUGGUCCCCAAAGUACAAUGAGACCUUCCACUUCCUCCUGGGCAACGAGGACGGUCCGGACGCCUACGAGCUGCAGCUGUGUGUGAAGGACUACUGCUUCGCCCGGGAGGACCGUGUGCUAGGCCUGGCGGUCAUGCAGCUGCGGGACGUGGCGGACAAGGGCAGCUGCGCCUGCUGGUGCCCGCUGGGGCGCCGCGUCCACAUGGACGACACGGGCCUGACCGUCCUGCGCAUCCUCUCCCAGAGGACCAACGACGAGGUGGCCCGGGAGUUCGUCAAGCUCAAGUCCGAGUCCCGCUCCACCGAGGAGGGCAGCUGAUCCACGUGCGGCGGAGUUGGAGCCCUGUGCGGUGACACCGGCAAGGUGUGCGCGGUCGGACCUCCAAAGCUUCGGCAAAGAGUUGCAGCCCAACAAAGUCCGGCGGUCGGUUGCGCAGAGGAGCUGCCGUGGGGACAAUGAACUUGGGACGGAUUUCGCGGAUGUUGAGCAGGGACGGAAAGCGAGGGGGGAUUCUUGUUUGUGGCUGAGACAGUCUUUGGGGCUGCAUCCCUGCCGUGGGUGGCUCCUCCAGAGCGGGUGCCAAGAAGAGGAGGAGGGACUCGCGGACCAGACGGGCCUUUAAGGAGAAGAAUCUGGACGUUGGGGGAGACGGUGGGCCUGAAGGGAGCAGGCAGAAACACAAUAAUAAUAAGAGGUUUCCAGGUGCUCAUGUCAGGCUGGCCUUGGGGGUCUCGCGAAGAGGGGGGCGGAUGGUCUGUGGGCACGAAGGGGUCUUGGGGGCCUGAGCCAAGGCCACGGAGGUCCUGUAGCCAGUCUGCCCUCCCCCUCCUCCCUCCUCCCCCUGAACAAACACAACACAGACCAAAAAUGGCCCCUCCGGCCACUCCGCGUUGCCCUCUUCCAGCGCCGCCUUACUACGUCCCUCGUUUCUCCGCCACGUCUUUGUCCCAGAAGCGCCUCUUCCCCGCAGCCCCCCAAAUCCCCAGUGAAGCCUUUGGGCCAGAUGGGGAGGGGCUUUCCCAGGCAACCCUCCCAUUGACUGGCCAGCCCUUGCUCUCCCCAUAAGCACCAUAGGGUUGCAAUGGGGGGCCGGAGCGGGGCAGGGGUGCCAUGUGUAUAUUUGGGGGUCCGUUCCCCCGUGUUUGUUUCCUCUUGGCUCCUGUACAGCUGUAUGAUACACACCUCGUCCUUCACGAUAACCUGCUUUUAGAUGCUGCGUAGCUGUGGUCAGUGGAUGUAAUUCAAGAAGCGCUGCUUGGUCGCCAGAAGAAUAUUAUAAUAAUCCUCUUGCCAUUUCUGAUCACUGUUCCAUGUGCCACUGCGGGGGAGGCCUUGAGUAAUAAAGGGUCUUUGAGCAGCC